AUGAGCAGUACGCGCCGAGGAUGUCAAGAUGGCUGCCACGUACAUACAUCUGAUCGGAGGUGUGUGCGCUCGCGAAAUUUGACGCCGAACUGUGAUAAAAGGGGCUGUCUUUUUCGCCUCCCUGAUAUGGUGACAGUGCAGAGUUAGUCGGCCUGUAUCCAUGAGCACCACUUUAUACACCAUCGAUGAUAGUUCUUGUCGUCGCGGCCGCCGGCGGCUCGCAUUGAAUCAUGUUCAGUAAAAAACUUCAUGUAGACGUCAAAAAGUCAACACUGAAGAUUCAGGAUGUUAAAAAGGAUAGUGCAACUCGAUUUAAGCAUCUUAAGAUCGUACUAGAAAAUGUGGAUACUGAUGAAGCAAAGGGGUUUUUUGAAGGCAACUUCAGUCAUGUGUAUUUUAUUCUAUAUGAUUGUUUUGUGUCGGCUGAAGCAAACCUAAGGCAAAGAGAACUUUCCUUCCACAUUGUGCAUAAAGCACACAGGGAGGAAUUGGAACAGGUAUUGCAGCUCUUGGAAAAAGUUUUAACUCUUCUCCCUGAGCUUCUUAACAGAAGAUGGCAAUGUCAUAGUCUGGCAAGGAUUUUGCAGAAACUUUUACAUCCUGGUAAUAGUUGGAAACUUAGAAGAGAAGCUAUAAGGUAUUUUAUUUUGUGGUAUCAAGCACUUGGUGAAAAUGCACCUGAACACAUUCAUCAGAUGUUUGCAAGCUUGGUACCAGGCUUUCCACCUCAGCAACCAUCUCCUUACAAGUCUGAACGUAAGAUAGAUGGGAAGAAGGAUAAAUUUGCUAAAGUAAUUGGUUGUGAUGAUAAAGAUAAGAGAGAAUUUUAUGAUACACAAUUGUCACAAAGUACUUUUCAUGAUAAUGGGUCCAGUCAGUGUCCUGUCACUCCGGUGGACAAUGGGCCCAUUUUACCUCCGCAAAGUGGGGAAAAGCCUCUUGAUAAUGAGACUGUUCGAUUUUUAGAAGCACUACUUGAAUUUAUGGUUACUCAGGUUGUAAAAAUAGAAUGGCGAGAUAAAUCUUCGCGACAGCACAAGACUUUUCAGUUUUUAUUAGAACGUUUUAAAGCUACGUAUCUUCGUUAUAUUUGCCCUGAGUUCGAUGAUAAUUUCUCAUUGUACAAACCGAAUUUAGAAUUGCCUACGAUGCGUAAACCAACGAAUCAGAGUCAAGAUAAUUAUGUAUUAUGUAAAGUUGCUUUAAUUAAAUGGAUCGCUAGCUUCACUCAUGUCGCUAGAAAGGAUGCUCGUGUCACACAUCUUUCACAUAGCACAACUCCGAACGAAGAGAAUACAGAAUCAGAACUUCGUCGUGUUUCGGUUACUCAAAAUGCAGUUGAUUCUACUUCGCUGUCUCCUGAAUCAACUGUAUCUCAACAAGAGAAUCAAAAUCAGGAUGAUAGUACCGUUUCAGCAGUUACUCUUGUUAGAGAAGUUUUAUACGGUAACAGAGAUAAUGUAAAUUUUGUCCACGAAUUGUACAGACAAGCGUUUUUGCUGGACUUUAAUCAUGCUGGUGCUAUAAGAAAGGCUAUAGCUGUUUAUAAGGACUGGAUCCAAAUGAAUGAACUCCCACCAUUCAUGUUAGAACCAUUGGAGAGUCACAAAGAAAGAGAUUUAGAAGAUAAUACCAAAAAAGAUGCAAACGAUAUCGAUAAAAGUCCGUCUGAAAGUUAUCGGCAGACGAGAUUAAGGAACGACUCUUAUCUUGGUGCUAUACACAGAGAAAAUUUAUUUAUAAGAGCAGGAUUACAGAAUGUUUUACAAGUAUUCAUCACCCAGGCUUCUAAUGUAUUUUUCUUAGAAAAUUCCGGACCCAACGCGUCCUUAACAUUGCUCGAAGAACAGACGGAUAGUUGCAAAAGAGUUUUGAAUGUUUACCGAUACGUCGUAAUGAAUUCUAGAUUAGAACCUGCUACUUGGGAACAAUUGCUUAGGGUAUUGUUGCAAAUAACAUCGCUUGUUUUAAACGAGAAAUCUUCUCGACGCAAAGUUCAAGAGAGCAUCGGUGGCAAACUUGCACCUGCUAUAUUUCAGACCUUAAUCGUUACGUGGAUUAAAGCUAACUUAAACGUUGUUAUUUCUACUCAGUUAUGGGAUCAGUUUCUGGAAGUUUUGACGUCGUUAACACAAUGGGAGGAAUUAAUUCGAGAAUGGGCGAAAACAUUGGAUACUUUAACAAGGGUACUUGCCAGACACGUGUACAAUUUAGAUCUGAACGAUCUGCCAUUAGAUAGAUUGAGCGAACAGAAAACUAAAAAGCGUCGGGGUGUUGGAAGCCGCGCUGCAUCCACAGGAAGCGUUCAACCCCCACGCAAAGGAAGCGUUGACCAAGAUAACAAUGCUGUUUCUAAAGAAAAUGUUACCGACCACCCUAUGCGAGAUUUAAGGAAAGUACGACCUCUUCCACGCAGUGCAAGUGAUAAUAAUAUAUACAAUGGAAAAGCACGCGUAAAGGUUCAUAGACAUCGUACGCAUACAGUGCAUAGCGGUAUCCCUGUACUCCCCCUAUCGAUAGAGCAAGAUAUGGCGCGACUUCUAUCAACUAGUUCAACAUCAUCGUCAGGAGUUGGUCGGAAAAUGUUACCCAACAGACGCGCUAAAUCUUUGGACAGCGUUGUUAUAGUCGAUAGUGAACCACCAUCGCCACGUUGCCCUUCUCCGACGCCUAGCAGCGGCGUUGACAGCAACAAAGACAGUCCCAUACAGAUAGAAAACAUUGAUGGCAGUAGUAUUGACACUAAUGAUGCAUCAGAAAGAAGAUCUGUUAUGGCAGGUGGGGGUGUCCGAGGAUGGUUACCUGAUGUAGCGGUUGUAUUGUGGAGACGUAUGUUAUCGGCAUUAGGAGACGUAAAUAAUAUUCAGGAUCCGACUCUUCAUGGUCAAGUUAUGGAUUACCUUGUCCAAUUGACACAAACCCUUAUAAAAAUUCGUUUAAAUCAAGGUGUAUCUGGGGACAAUCAAGUAACCCCGCCAGCUCCAGAACUUAUACCGCCGUUAACAGUAAUUGCUCCAUGGUGUUUCAAGGCGAUACAACUUCCUAGUCAGUACGAAGUUGGUAAAUUGGCAGCAUACCGUUUGAUCUGCCUUUUAACAAUACAGCCACAAGAUAUCAAUUUACCAAAACAACACUUGACACUUUUUUAUCGUGCGGUACAUAAUGGUAUCGUUAGUAACGACAGUAAAGUAUUACAUGUACUGGUCAAGUAUACCGGUCCUAGAUUGUUCAGUUUAAAUCUUCCUGGGUCUAGUCUUUUAAUCUUGGAUUAUAUUCACGCUGCUAAUGUAAUAUUGAGCAGUCAGGAUAUCGGGGCACCACGGACGGAGGCUGUUUCAAUAAUUGGAUCAUUACUGUCAUUACCUGCCACAACAAUUAAAUUACCUGUGUUGCAACCUACUUCAACAGAUAUUGUAACCAUGACAUGCCCAGAUGCAAAGGAACAUAUAAUCACGAUUCUUUUAAGAAGUUGUAGGCGAGAACCAACCGGUAUUGCAAGAUGCGUGGCACUUUCAAGUAUUGCUAUGUUUGUGUACAGAGAACUGUGCUACAAAAAUCAACACCCGCGGAUACCAGAAUCUGUCACGGUUCUUCUUUUAGCGCUUAAACGGAUGCAAAGGGCAGAGCGUCGGAGAGCUGGUUUCUGUUAUCCACUAAUGGAUCAGGCCAAUCAUGCCAUUGUCGCUCAAGUGGCAUGUGAUUCCCUGUUGUUGCUAUGUGAUAAAGCAGAUACUCUCUUAGAAUUGUAUCCAAAUGUGCCAUGUAAAAUAAUUCAAAUUUUGUCAGAAACACUUGGAUAUAUGAAUACACGAGAAAAACGUGGUCCUUUGAUAAUAUCAAUGUUGUUUUGUUUGGGAGAGUGGGCUAUGCACCUUGGCCCAUAUGUUUUGUUACGUGUAUUUCAAGGGAAACCAUUAUUAAUGAGUUUAUUCUCGGUGUUGGAUAAUGUAGUGAAAGAUAAAAUCAAUAAUGAUGCAUCACAAUUGAACAAAAGUCACGAAGAUGAAGAUGAUGAUUUCGAUCCUGAUAUAACUUUGGAUAACUUGGCUGAUGAAACUUCCAUGAAAUCGCCUCGACGCGGAAAUAUUCAGUCUGUUCAGUUAGCAGCAAAAAUGGUAAUGAUGCAUUUGAUCAAUCAUUUGGGACACUUUCCAAUGGGCAUCGGAGCUGCACGCUUAUCUUCGCUAGUCGUCGAAUUAGAUGAUGUACCCGGCAUCGACGGGGACGAACUUUCCUCUGCCAUUUUUCAUGCACCAAAUAUACAAUUACUAAUGUUAUCGAAUUCCGUGAUAAUGUCACUCGUUGAACUGGCGGCAUUAGAUGCACCUGGAGGAGGUGUUACUGCUGGAUUAACAACAGCUCCAUCGUUGGUUAGGGUUUUGUUAAGGGAUUUAGCAGGGAAAGCAUCUUGGGAUAGUUCUAUUUUAUACAGUCAACCGUUUGUCGAAGACGAUAUUCCAAUAGCAUUUACAAAACACGUCGAGUGGAAAUCAAAAGUACAAAUAGAAGAUCUGAACAGUGUCACAACAUCUCAGACUUGUACACCUCGGCAUACAAUAAGACACCGCGAACCUCAUAUACUACCUACGUUUGCAAAUGCUGCAAGUGAUAUGGAUAAUUUGGAUGAUCUUUUACAAUAUAUAGGACACACAAGUCCAGAAGUACUAACUAAUCCAGAAGUAGCCCUUAAUGCGCCUGCUAAUCCGCCACAGGGUCAUUAUCUUGAAAGUGAAACCAUCGCAACUAUUCUGAAUCAGAGAAAUGCGGAACAAGAGCAUAUCAAUAAUUGGAAUCAACAUAUUAGCAUGUGCGCGUCGCCGAUAAGUCCGCCAUCGUGUCGACCACCUCCAGCGCCCUUUCAUCACUGCCGUCUUUUAUUUUCGCACUUAGGUUUGUCGGGUUGGGAACAACGUACAAAAUUGCAUUUGUUGUCAAAGAAUGAAAAGCUUCUACGAGAACUAAGGAAUCUCGAUAGUCAACGAUCCAGAGAAACGCAUAAAAUAGCGGUGAUUUACGUUAGCCAGGGUCAAGAGGAUAAGAAUUCUAUAUUAAGUAAUGUCACUGCUAGUAAAGAGUACGAAAGCUUUGUCGCGAGAUUGGCGUGGGAAGUGGAACUCGAAUCGCAUACAGGUUUUCUUGGAGGUCUUAUACCUGGUAAAGCAUCCGGAGUAACAGCACCCUAUUUCGCUACAUCCUUCACGGAGAUACUUUUUCAUGUAGCGACGAGAAUGCCUUCCGAUAGUCCUGAAAGUUUGUUACAGAAAACACGGCACUUAGGUAACGAUGAAAUUCACAUAGUUUGGUCCGAGCAUUGGAGAGACUAUCGUCGAGACAUUAUACCAACUGAAUUUUGCGAUGUUUUAAUAGUAAUUUAUCCGUUGCAUAAUAAAUUGUACAGAAUUCAAAUUUCUCGAAAGCCAGAGAUUCCAUUCUUUGGACCCUUAUUCGAUGAGUGCAUCGUGGAAGAUAAAGUUUUGCCCGGGUUGGUCAGAACAACAGCAUUGGCAGCAAGUAGAGCAAAACGAUCUACCCUUAUGUUGUACCAGCAUUAUUAUGAGGAGAGAGCAAGAUCUAUCGAUACUGUCAUGAGAAACCAUAAAGAAGCUACUACAUUUGAAGAGUUUACAGCUAAUGUAUAUUCCCCGGUACAACCACCAAGCCCAUUCAGCGGUACUUCUUCUGUAUCUGGCUCUACAACAAGCGUGCAAUCCACAGCAUCGUCAAACCUCGCAGCAGCCCUUAUAGAUUCCCAUCAAGGUCGAUCGGGUCUGCGAAGUUCUUCAGCAGCGAGCAGUGAUAAUCGCGCGAAUAGAGUCUUACACAAUCUAUUCAGAGUUUCUGAUGGGAGUAGAGUGUGGUUUAGUAACGACACACCGGAGAGUACAGCACUCCAUGGAAUUUCUCCUAGACCUGUGAAAAAGAUGUCAUUUAAAACUGGACCGAAACAGCGGGCCAGCACUCAAUCCACACCACCUGACAGUCCAAGAUAUAAAUAAGGAAUUUUCUAUGAGAGUACCAUAAAGAAAAUGAUCACUUUUGCACAAGAGGUUGUUUGGUCAUAUCCUAAAAAGUUGUAAUUUAAGAGAAUUCUUUAAACAAUGCAUCGCAGUAGCAACAUGGUUCACUGCUCUAUGCGCCAACAGAUAGUAGACACGUUAAGGAUUAAAAUGAUAGGUUCAGAAUACCUGCUACUUUUGCAGUGGGUAUGAGAUAUCUGAAGUUAGUCUUAGCGUUUUCUGUUUUCCGUCCUUAGGUUUAAUUUUUAUAUUAAAUGUACAGAUCGUUGUUUGUUUGUUGCAACGUGAAUAUUAAUUUAUUGGAACGUAAACAUACGAGAAGAUUUAACUGAUCAUAGAUUAUACAAUAGUACUAGAUUUGUUAUAUACACUGAUCAGCGUCACAUGACAGCUAUUUUGAUUGUACAGUACUUUAUUAAGAUCAGUUUACCCUUGUACUUGAAUAGGUAAGCUUAAACGAUUGUAUCAAUUAAAGCUUCUAUCUUAAUUUAUAUUAAAAAUAAUGAGAUCCUCGAUGUUACAUGCCUUCGUAAGAAAGAGAAAGAUAACUCAAUUUCUUGUAAUGUAGUUGGGUGAUAAGAAAAUGAAACAUGAUUACCAUAUACGAGCGCUGAAUGCGAGUCUACGAGAGUUGAUAAGAAUCAAAUGUUAUUUUUUAACGUCAAAGUUUUACGAAUCAACAUCGUGUCUCUUAAUAAUGUAAUAACUUGUACUUUACCUCUCAUAUCGGUUUAAUUUCGAUGAAAUAUUUCUGGUAAAUGUGGUACAAUCACGGUCUUUUAAAUAUGUUUAUACAUUACAUUCCAUACAACAAUCUUUUCUAUAUCUUACUCAUUAUCAAUUAUUUCAGUACUUUAGAUAUAUUUUCAAAAAAAAAGAUGAAAGCAUUCCACUUGUCUUUUGUAUUUAAAUUCGACAAUCGCCUAUCAAAAUUUACAACUUAAGUGUAUAAAUGAUUGUUUAAUUCCUGUACAUUGUUGCAGAACAGGAAAUCAAUUAGGGAACACUUUUGUUAUCAUACCAAAAUUAUAAGUAUUUGGUGCUUUACGAUACGUAAAAUAGAAAUAUUUUAAAUACUGUGUCAAAAGUGAAUAACACUGAUGAGGAUGAAAAAAGAGAGAGAAAGGAAGGAGAAAAGUUUUGAAAGUAAGAAUAAAACUUUGGCUUCAAAAAAAAAAAUUCAUCUUGAGCACAGUGAUAAUAAUCAAAGUAUUAAUAUUAUUCGUCGCUGUCGAUAUGAACAGAGUAUAGAGAGAAAUGAUAUAUUAUGAUGAAUAUUGAUAAUGGUAUUCAAGUUGAAAUUGUAAUAAAUAAACAUUACGAGUUUUUUGACCAUUUUGAAGAUUAUCAGGAAAAAAGUUGCAUUCGAAUGUGUAGGUAUCUAGCAACGAAGUUGUAGGUAAAUAUUAUCGAUACGCAGACCAUGGCCAAAGCAGCAUUAUUUUUUCACUAAUUUAUAACGAAGUAGAUUGAGAGUCGUGUAUAUGUAUUGUACAUAAAUUGUUAAGCCCGUGAAUGACGUUCAAGUCAUUGAUGGAAAUUAUUCUUUGCAAAAUAUUGUAUCACUAUGUUAUUGAACAAAAGGAUUGGUCUAUAUUCAUAUACAUAUACAUAUAUAUAUAUAUGUAUAGAAAUGGAAGAUGAACUUCUUAUUACAAUCUUGUGUAAAGAUGCUUUUAUGAAUCAUAUUUAAAUAUUGUACUUAAUUAAUUAUCUUCAUCAAUAUCAUUAUAACAUUUGUUCGCUAUUAUUUAUAUUAUAAAUAUACAAGUUGCUGUUAAUAUUAUUAGCAUAAUACUGAACUAUUUUUCUUACUAAAUAUUUCUAACUGUUUGGAAUGAAAUUUAGCAAAUGUAGCUGUGAGAAAAAUGUAAGAGUAGUAUUACCACUAAAGAAAAUAAUGCGGUGCCUCUUCUGCUCAUAACAUUGCUUAAAUUUACAUUCUUCAAUUCCUUUUUGUAAGUUUCUGUUUCCUUUUGUUUUUACAUUUUCAAAUGUCUGUGUGUAAAAGCUAUCACCAAUACGAAUAUUAACUGUUCAUGCAAGAUAAUCUGUACUAUAUAAUUUUUACCUAUUUCUUUACUUGUAUGAAGAUGUUACUAUGUAUAUUAAAACGGAGAAAGUCUACGAAGGAUACAAGUCUGCGAUUCUUGUCUAUAUCAACAUAAAACAGAGUUAAUAUAUAUCUACAUAUACGUAUAAUUAUUUUAUACAAUUGAAAGGAAAGCUACAUGCCUUCUCGUUCCGAUUUAUUUGGCAAAUAGAAUCUAGCUAAGAUCUAUUUAAUUUUUUAAUUACACGAAUUAAUGGGAACAUUUUUAACGGCAUCUGCGAAUCGUAAAGUAACAAAUAGAUUACUUGAAAUAAAAUUUAAUAAAAUUUCUGCUGAUAAACUGUAUGUUAUAUGAAAUUCAAACAUUGCAGAGUCUAUAGUUGAUAUAGAAAACGAUAGCAAUUGAAUAGAAAACAUAUAAAUAUACUUACAAUUCGUAAAAAGAAGUUAAACGAUUCGUUUGUAGAGGCGGUAUUUGGAAUUGACUUGAUUCUUCUAUAAUGGAAAUUCGUUAUCUAAAAAUUUCUCUGAUAUCGUGUUGAUUGUACACAUUUCUGCGAUGGAAUGUACAUUUUAUUGCACAAUAAAAUUAUAAUGAAUCAAUUUUAACUGAA